AGUCGCGUACGGGCAAACAUAAGUGACGUCAGUGGUGAUUACGUCAUUGAUCCAGAUGGUUCUCAAGGCAAGGACCCAUUCGGUGUGUAUUGCAAUAUGACAGACAAAGGAGGCGUUGGAGUGACAGUUGUCAGUCAUGAUUCUGAAAACAGAACCCAUGUAAAUGGUUGCAAACAAUCCGGAUGUUAUUCGCGAAAUAUCUCGUACUUAGGUGCCAGUCUUUCGCAGCUUUCUGAUCUAACAGAAGCAUCUUCUUAUUGUGAACAGUUCAUCAGCUAUGAAUGUCACGGUGCUAAGCUCUUUAAAAGGGACAAGAGUUGGUGGGUUUCACGUGAUGGCGUGAGGAUGAAAUAUUGGGGUGGAGCCACCAACAAGGACGGCUACUGCGCAUGCGGGGUAGCAGGAAACUGUGCAAGGUCAGACAGCGGCUGCAACUGCGAUGCGGAUGAUGCUGUUUGGAGAGAGGACAGCGGAUUUCUAACUCACAAAACUCACCUUCCAGUGUCGCAGUUAAGGUUCGGAGACACAGACGCCAGAAAAGAAGAAGGAUAUCAUAUACUGGGCAAACUGAUAUGUUAUGGAAUAACAUGA